ACAAAAUGGCGGCCUUCUGCACAGGAUAACGCGGUGUUUCAAAACUAUCAUGACAACAUGUCACUCUUGAGAUUGUGUGCCUAUUCAGCGGCUUUAACGCGCAGUUUUGCAGCUGACGGGUGUCUUCGUAGUUUUCUAAAAGGCGAUUGUUGUCGCAUGUGUCUCAGAAUAAGGAUCAACGGAGAGAGACAAAUACAAGAAAAAGUAUGGGCUACGAUUUACCGAAGGCACUAUUCAGUCAUUCCUAAGAAGGAUGAUGGGAAGAAAAGAGUCUGGGAACAGUCUCAGCUGUUGGAUGUUCUGGAGGCCAGAAUCCAACAGCUGCAAUCUGACGCCGUUGUAGACGUCAAACAUUCAAAGGUGCAAAUCAUCAAAGCAAAGCAGAGAGCAAAGAAAACAUCACCUGGGAAAAGUCAGAAGAACCUGCCAGGAGAAAAAGCAGAAAUGCUUAAAAGCGGUCCCUCUGCUCAAAAAAAGAAAGUAACUGAAGGUGUCACACCUGCCAAUACUCACGCAAGUCGCUGGAUGGCAAAACUCAAUCGGGAAAUGUGGAUCAAUCCCAAAACCAAAACUUCUAAAAAGGUCAUCAAGACGGGCCAAAGCAGUAAGACGAAACACUGCACAAACACUGCGCAAAAUAAAGGAAAAGGUUUCAGAGUCUCUGAAAGACUACUGGCCAAGUUUCCAGAUCUCCAAAAAAUACACAGUGGUGAAGUUAGCUUGAUUUCAGCCAUUUCAGAUAAAGCACUGGUUAAUGAAGGAGAGCUCGAUGUAAGCGUGCCUGCUCCUGAAAAGCUACUGGUGGAUAAGGAAGGAAACCGCUAUGAAGAUUCACAUCUCCGUGUUCGGUGCUAUUUGGAGGCUUGUAUGUUUCUUGACGAUGUCUCUCGAGCUCAGAACUACCUGCUGUCUCAUCAUCGUCAGCUUUCCAAACGCUCACAGCUGUCUAUCAGCGCCUACAACAUCGUCAUGCGGAUGUGGGCCAAAAAGGGUUCCAUAAAUAACAUUCGUCGCCUGUUUUCUCUGAUUGAAGAAGCUGGUAUGAAACCAAACGUCACGUCUUACUGUGCUGCUCUGGAGUGCAUGGGCCGUAUGCAAAACUGUGAAACAGUUGUCAUUGCCAGGUGUCUACAGCAGAUGGGGGCAGAUGGCCUGUCUGUGGAUGAUGUGUUGAGUCAGUGUGUGUUCAAGAAGGAUGAGAGAGAAAUGGUCCUGAGGGCCGUCCAAUUGGUAAUACCUCACUUCCAACCCAGUGUUUCCAAAACCCAGCCUGUCUGUUCUCUGCCGUUGGUGAAACAAUUCUAUGCUGAGAGGGAAGAUGCCAUAUAUCCUAAACUAGACUACAGCUUGAAAGAACUGCAGGAUCGGUUUAAUCUUCAGCUGGCCAUGGAGAAAGCUACUACAGUCACCAUUAACUCAGUGGAGGCCUUAAAGCCUGUCACCGAAAACAUGGCCCACAUGAGAGAAUUACUAGCAAAGCAGCGCAAGCACUGGGAAAAAGCUCUCCUUCAGGCAUUAAAGGACAGAAAACAGAUGAUGUCCAACAACAGCCAGAAAUCCUGGAAUACCUGUUUAUACCCUUACCUGUGCAUCCUGGAUGACCAGGAAUAUGUCGACAUCAUGCUUCAGAGUUUAGAUAAACUUUCGCCCAAUGGUGAAUCUUUGCUCUUCAUGGCUGAUGAGAUGGGAAACCGAGUCUACAACUUAUAUUGCAUUCGGCAGAAGAGUCAGAGUCAGAUGGUGGAGAAGCUUAGGAGUAUCUACAGCUCAUAUGCUGAACUCCUAGCUAACGAUACUGAGACCAAUGGCAUGCUGCCACGCGAGUGUUGGACUAAUCUAGAGAUUAGCGGAAAUCGCAGCGGCCCGUCUCUUUUAAGCGAUGACACACCUUGGCCAAUGAUCCUUAUGGUGCAGCUGGGAAGUUUCCUGGUAGACUUGAUGGUUCAUGAGCUCAAAAUCCAGAGCAACAUCCUCAAUCCGGCUCUCGAAAAGAAGCUCAUCCCUAUCCUCUACCACAUGUACACAUUUCGCAGCAAUCAUAAGAUUGGUUUCAUCAAACCACAUCCUAUUUUGACACGAAUCCUGAGGGAGGCAACGGAGACCAAACUUACGUUUGACUCCUACGUCAUGCCAAUGCUCUGUCCCCCAGUCCCCUGGACAUCCCCGAAGAGUGGUGCCUACCUGCUGACGCCUGCCAAACUAAUGCGCGCCAGCGAUGGAGCCAUGCAACACCAACUUCUCCUGGAGAAGACCCAGGAGGAAGAUCUCCAUGCUGUCUUGGAUUCUCUCAAUCAAGUGGGCAGCUGUCCCUGGAAGAUCAACAAGCCACUGUUGGACAUCAUCAUCUCAAUCUUCAAUGACAAAGGCAGCGACAAGCUUUCAAUCCCUCCACCACUAUCCGAAGCUCCCGAAAUUCCUCGGUUUAACCCUCACGACCCGUCCUACACCCAGGUGGAGAAGGCCUUUAUGAAGCGGGAGGGUAUCAAAGCCAAGAAGGUAGUAGCGGAGAUGCACAGCCUGCGUAUGGACGCACUGUAUAAGCUGUCCAUUGCCAACCACGUGAGGGACAAGAUCUUUUGGUUUCCACAUAAUAUGGACUUCCGAGGUCGUACUUACCCGCUGCCGCCUUAUUUUAACCAUCUUGGGAGUGAUGUGACCAGGGCCUUGCUUCUGUUUGCUGAAGGACGACCACUUGGUCCCAAAGGCCUCGACUGGUUGAAGAUCCACUUGGUGAACCUCACAGGGUUGAAGAAGCAGAGCUCGCUGGAUGGGAGAUUGGAGUAUGCUGAAAGUAUCAUGGAGGACAUCCUGGACUCAGCCGACCAUCCUCUUGACGGUCGCAAAUGGUGGAUGAAUGCAGAUGAGCCAUGGCAGGCCCUGGCUUGCUGCAUGGAGAUAGCGAAUGCCUCGCGCUCACCCGACCAUCACAAAUUCAUCUCCUAUUUCCCUGUACAUCAGGACGGAUCGUGUAAUGGCCUCCAGCACUAUGCUGCCCUCGGGCGGGAUGUGAUCGGCGCUACCUCAGUGAACCUCAUGCCCUGUGCUCUUCCUCAGGACGUGUACAGUGGUGUGGCUAAGCAGGUGGAAGAGUUCAGAGUCCGGGAUGCAGAGAGGGGUCUGAAGAUUGCGCAGGUGCUGCAGGGCUUCAUCAGCAGGAAGGUGGUGAAGCAGACGGUCAUGACGGUGGUCUACGGCGUCACUCGCUACGGGGGACGCUUGCAAAUCGAAAAGCGGCUGAAGGAAAUCGAUGAUUUUCCUAAGGACUAUGUAUGGGAUGCUUCACAUUACCUGGUGGUACAGGUUUUCAACAGCUUAAAGGAAAUGUUCACUGGAACGCGGGAGAUUCAGGAAUGGCUGACGGAGAGUGCUAGGCUAAUAGCCAAAUCGGGACGGACAGUGGAAUGGGUAACACCGUUGGGACUUCCUAUAAUUCAGCCAUAUCACCGAAUCAGGAAUCAAAUUCUUAAGGGCAACAUACAGAACCUGAACAUCCAUAUAAGUCAUGAUGCCAACGAGAAACCAGACAGCAUGAAGCAGAAGAAUGCCUUCCCGCCUAACUUUAUCCACUCUCUGGACUCCACUCAUAUGAUGCUAACUUCACUGCAUUGCCACAGGGCUGGCCUCACGUUUGUGUCCGUCCAUGACUGUUAUUGGACACAUGCAGUGACAGUAGACAUCAUGAAUCGGGUGUGCCGUGAACAGUUUGUGGCCUUGCAUAGUCAGCCUAUUCUAGAAGAGCUGUCCUGGUUUCUCCUACAGAAAUAUAGCAGAAGACCUCCCGUUGGCUCAAAACCAAAGAAGUUACUGGAAUACUACACUCUAAUGAAAGUGUUGUCCAGUGUUCCUCAAACAGGUGAUUUUGACCUCGAAAAGGUAAAAGAUUCAGUAUAUUUCUUCAGUUGAGGAGCGUAUUGUCAACCAACAGACAGUUUUCAUCAUUGAUGAGGCGGAGAGCCUGAACAGACCUCAUCAAAACCCACUGCUGCUUUAUACAACACUGAAAGUGCGUGACUGAGACCUGCUUGAUCUGCAUGAAUGUGUGUGUCUGUCUGUCCUGUCACAUUAUCAUAAAGACAUCACUUAAGCACUGACGCAGAGUUCUGACGGAGAAGAACAGCAGGAGUCGCCCUCGUGUAUAAGCGCAAAUGUGAUUUCUUCCCGUAUGAACGUCUAGCGGUUGCUCCACGGGACUCUCAUCCGCUUCUUCACUCUCGAGUGCAAACGCCGGGCUGAUUAACCACAUGAUUCUGGCUCUCAUCGAUUUCAAGGCAGCCCUGUCUGAAAGCUCCACGCUGGCAUUUCCACUUGGAUAUGAUUUACUCACUACUGCUGAGGAAACGUGACGAUAAAUACCAUAAUAGCACUUGUAGGAGUGACUUUAUUGACGUUGACCUUGCGGUGUCCUGUUUUUGAAGGACUUCAGGGCACUUAAAAGUCAUUCAGGUGCUUGUUGGACAUUGCGCUCAUGGAAUUCGCCGAGAAAUAAAGUCAAUAUUUUUUCACUCUGGGUCUGCAAAAGGUUAAUUGUUAUUGAAAUUCCAGACUUGCUUGGGCAGGUCUUGUUCUGUUUUCUGGGCUUUGACAGUGGUUUAUUGCAAAGGGCAGAGGGAAACAAAACCAAUCCGAUGCUAGGCUACACUUGAUUAUAUGAAGAUUGACGUCAGCCGACCCGCUCGUUUCCUGACAUCUCCAACAACCUCUGCGUGGGAAGUUAUGUCGUCGUACAGUAAUAAUAGCUCAUGGGCAUACAGCCAUUUGCCACCACAUAUUAGCUUUAAAACAUUUACUGUCGGUGUUUCCUGAAUCUCCAAGCAUAGUAAAUUGAAUUUUAUCCAAGCUGAGUUUGCAGUGUGAGCAGAUAAACACAUCACUCUACAGCACACGGCAGUGAUUGACUCUUCUGAACUGAUUCUUCUAAUGAAUCACUUAGAUAAGUCAGAAACCGUAUUUGACUCACUUAAGAAAAAUCAUAUGCUCCAUAAAUCACUGAAUCUCUCAGAGUCUUACUAGAGAGUGUUUAUUUGAAAGUUUUCUCAUAAAAAAUGACAAUUUGUUUGGAAUUUUUUGGUAAUUUUAGAUAACAGCAGCAUUUGCGAGGCCUGAAAAUGCAAUUGCUUGAAUCUAGUGAAAUCUUUUAACAUCACAACGGAAAAACUUUGAAUUUUAGAGUAUUAUUGUAAUGUUGAAGGGAUAUUUCAUCCAAAAAUGUUCAUUUACUUACUGUUUACUCUUUACUGUUUAUACUUUUAUGAGUUUCUUUCUUCUAUUUAACACAAAAGAAGAUAUUUUGAAGAAAGCUGAAACAAACGCGUAAGUGUGUGUAAGUGUAAAUGUGUAAGAUUGAUCUUUUUUGUGUGAACUAUCCCUUUAAAUGUAUCACAAGCCAUUUGAUUUACUUCUUUUACAAAGUCAAAAAAAUGUAUUUGUGCAACACUGUAUGAACAAGAGACUCUUAUGAACUGAAUCUUGUAUUAAUUUAAACCAAAUCAUCAAAAGAUGAAUUAGUCAGAAUGCUCUUACACAGCAAGAUAUUUCAUCUUUUCUUUCUUAUAAACUGAUUUUAAUGAAUCAUUUGAAAUGUUUAUAUACUCUAUUAAUAAUUUAGGUCACUGAAUAUCUGAUUUGCGCAUAUACUGAACCAGAAGUUGCUUCUUUUUUUUCACCGAAAGUAAGGAUAUGUUUUGUGUAACUAAUACAAAGUUGGGUUUGUGGUCAUCUUUCUACAAAACCACCCCAUUCAUGAACUGCUUCUUAUGAGCUGAUAAUUCUUUUAAUGAAUCGUUCAGAAAAUGUGGUGAAACAUUUACUGUCUGUGUUUCCUGAAUCUCCAAGCAUAGCAAGUUGAAUUUUAUUCAAGCUGAGUUUGCAGUGUGAGCGAAUAAACAUGUCACUCUUCAGCACACAGCAGUGAUUAACUCUUAUAAACUGAUUCUUCUAAUGAAUCACUCAGAAGAGUCAGAAACCAUAUUUGACUCACUUAGGAUAUUUGAAUCUGUCAGAGUGUUAGUAAAAAGUGUCCACUUGAAGGUUUUUUUCCCAAAACACAACAUUUUUUUUGUUGUUGUUUUUGUUUUUCUGUUCAUUUUAGAUGAAAGCAGCAUUUUCGGGGCCUGAAAUGCAAUUGCUUGAAUCUCACCGCUGUAUUAUGAACAAGUGACACUUAUGGACUGAUUCUUUUGAUUAAUCACUAAGAAGACUCACAAAUUGUAUCACAAAUUUAAACCGAGUCAUCAACAGAUGAAUAAAUCAGAAUGCUCUUACACAGCAA